UUUCUCAGUCUCUUUUCUCAGUCUCUUUUCUCAGUCUUCCCUUUUCCCCCCCUUUUUUUGUUCUCUCUCUGUGUCUUUCCUCUCGCUCCACACCACACAUCCCAAAUGGCAUACAAGGCCAAGCUCAAGGCCCGGAUUGAGCUUCCGACGAGCGAGCAGAGCCUGCCUUCGCCCUUCCUCCUGACCUCAGGAACGUUCCAGGAAGGCGGCGUCACAGUGUCCAAGCAUGGCUUCACGUUCGAGCCAGAGAAAGUCGGAACACCGACUUUCAGUGGGCAAUUCGAGCUGGAACCGCUUCCAAGCACUGGCAUCUCAAAUUCCCCGUCCUUGGAUAGCUUCAGUCGGCUUGGAGCAGCCCCUCAGUCAGACCUCCACCCAGUUCCGUCUUCUGCGGACAAAGCCCUGCCCGCGAGCACAGGCUCGCCUGGUGACACGUACCAUGAUGACAUGGCGGACGAGUUUUGCUUUGACAUGCCAAACACGCAGCAGUCGCCAGCGCACAGCUCAUCGUUACCAUUGUCGCCUGCACCCAACGUCGCUCAUGGCCACCGCCACAGCUACUCGAGCACAAGCACGUCGUCGCUGCGCACCAGCUUGCAACACCUUGCGGUGACUCGUGCAAGAUCUACCUCGUCUUCGUCUCUCUUACGCCAGUCCGGAUCUGGAGCUCCUGCACCAGCAUCCCACUCCCCUGCAGCCGCUUUGGCAGACACAUCCGCUGCACAAAGGACUCAUGGUCACCAGUAUUCUCGAACGAUGAGCUACGACGCCUCGAGUGGCCGGCCGUUAGGCGAAGACGUAGGAGCCUCCAGCGGCGCUCCGUUGACUCGUGUCGCUUAUCACGGAUCGGGCUCCAAUCUUGCGCGAACCGCCACCGUCAGCAACCACCCCCUUGCACGCAGUGCCUCGUCUGAUGGAUUGCUGCAUGAGCUCAAUGACGAGUUUGUUGAAGACGAGCCGGCGCAAUCGUAUUCGCCUGCAAUUUCGAGCUAUUCCAGCUUCAAUCCCAACAUUCCCGCCAAUGUUGCGCGCACGCUCAUCCAGCUCGAGGGCCGGGAUCCAUCGGUAUUGGGGCGAAGAAGCAGUGUCAUUCCAAUCGAAGAAACCGGAUACUACACUGGUUCGGCAGCUCAGAGCAGGCUUUCUUCGCAUGUCAGUCUGACUCAAACCAGUGCGUCCAGCUCUCCAACAGGGCCCAAUCGAGGCCCAGCAAUCCCACCGACCCGCCCCCCUUUGGCAGAGGUCAGACUUGAGGAUUUGGAUGUGGUUGGCGUUAUUGGUCGCGGAAGCGGUGGCGCUGUGCACCGUGCACUUCAUGGUCCUUCAGGGCAGACCAUUGCGCUCAAGGUGAUUCCAUUAGAUGUCACCGAUAGAAUCCGAAAGCAGAUUCUGCUGGAAUUGCGCACCUUAUACGAGGCCAAUUGUCCGUAUGUCGUGCGAUUUCACGGAGCGUUUUUCCAUGAAGGCUCCAUUUCCAUCGCGCUCGAGUACAUGGACGCCGGUUCGCUGCACAGCGUCGCCGAGGCUGCAGAGGGUGGUAUUCCGGAACUGGUGCUGGCCAAAGUUGCCGAGCAGAUUCUUCACGGCUUAGUGUACCUGCACAAGGAACGUCACGUUAUUCAUCGCGACAUCAAACCCUCCAAUCUUUUGAUCAACCGGCAGGGACAAGUCAAGAUUACAGACUUUGGGGUGAGCGGGCAUCUGGCCACUUCCAUUUCGAGUUGUGUGUCCUGGGUGGGCACCAUCACGUACAUGUCUCCAGAGCGAAUUCGAGGGCAUUCGUACUCGGUCAUGUCCGAUAUCUGGUCGUUCGGGCUGUCCAUGAUGGAGCUCGCCCUGGGCCAUUUUCCAUUCCCUCUGCCAUCUGCCAACGACGGCAGUCGGCCCAGUGGCAACAACGAGGAAGACCGGCAGCAGAUUGACUUGGAAGCGUCCGGUUCGGUGCGGUUUUUCGAAUUGCUCUAUCAUAUUGUAGAGCAGCCCUCGCCAACGUUGUCUUCAGCAACAUUUUCGCCCGAAUUUGUCCAGUUCUGCGCCGACUGUCUGAACCUUCAAAGCGUCCAACUGCGCAACAACUCUUGGGAUCGCCCUUCAUUCGCAAACACAAGGCCACCGCUUUCGACUUGGGUGAAUGGGUCUCGCAACGCAGCCGGCCUUGAGUUGUUCCGUCGAUCAAGCAGAAGAAGAAGAAGAAGAAGAAGAAGCGGGGUGUGUUUUGUCAUUUUGUUAUUCUAGCUGCCUUGUAAUUUAAAUUUUUACAUUUUACGAACGCA